AUGGCAAGAAGUUAUGUGGAGAAGUAUAAUGACGCUUUCAGACGAGGACGACGCAGAUCUACAGAAACACUACCAAGGACCAAUGCAACGUUCGCUGCCGGUAAUGUUUCAGUAUGUGGAACCACGAGGUCACCGUCGUUCUUUUUCCCUAUUGAGUUCUGGGCUGAAGUGAAUAUAAAACCAUGGACAAGUAUGCUGAAGGGCAUAAUAGAAGGCAGCAAGAGGAUUAAGUGGAAGGAUAGAAUACCUUAUGCCUACUGGAAAGGUAACCCUAAUGUUAAUCAUGUCAGGUCCAAUCUUAUGCUCUGCAAUGUCUCCAAGAAAUAUGACUGGAAUGCCAGAUUAUAUAUACAGAAUUGGACAAAAGAAACUAAAGAAGGGUUCAAAGAUUCAAAAUUAGAAGAUCAAUGCAACUACAGAUAUAAAAUCUAUGUUGAAGGAUAUGGAUGGUCAGUGAGUGAAAAGUACAUAUUCGCCUGCGAUUCAAUGGUGCUGUUUGUAAAGCCCAAGUUCUACGAUUUCUUCACAAGAAGCAUGGCGCCAAUGGAGCAAUACUGGCCGAUAAUGCGUAAGUUAGGGAAACAGUGUGUAGAUAUUAAACGAGCAGUUCAAUGGGGAAACAAUCAUACUCGCAAGGCAAAGGAAAUUGGUAAAGCCGGAAGCAGAUUCAUUCAGGAAAACCUGAAAAUGAAUUACAUCUAUGAUUAUAUGUUUCAUGUGCUAACUGAAUAUGCCAAACUCUUGCAAUUCAAACCGAGUAUACCGAAAGGGGGAAUCGAGGUUCGUUCAGACACAAUGGCACGAUCUCAAACGGGUUUAUGGAAGAAGUUCAUGCUGGAGUCUAUGGUGACGUCUCCCAGCGAUACACUCCCAUGUACUGUUGAAGGGCAGAACUAGAUUUCUGAGGCUAGGGCUAAAAAUAAUACUAGUGGUAUUUUUCUGCUACAUUAUUAUUUCAGCCCAUGGUCUCCCAAUGAACCAUAAAAAAAAAAAAAAAAAA